AUGUCGGCUGAGCCUGGAGCAAGAGCAAGAAUUCAACCUGAGCUUCGAGCUUCGGCUAAAGCGCAUGUGAUGCACGAUUACCAGCGAAAGACCGCCCAACAACGAAGCGUGCAGUGGAAGAUGUCGACGCCCACCACUUAUGCCCUAGCCCCAAAAGAGCCAGUGCCAGGAUUCCCAUGCCCGGAAUCAGCUGUGCAGCCAUUGGUGAUGCGCGAGCGAAUGGUGGUUCGGAAGAAAGAGAGUCAGCCAAAGAGGAAACCAAAAGCUGCAGCGACUGAGUUGCCAUCAUCUAAUGAUUCUAGUCAAUCGUCCCAGCAAGCACUGGCUUCUACAAUGUCAGACAGCGCGGCCUAUUCUCAAUUCAUCCACUAUGAUCCGCCCGCAAUUCCCCGGCAACCACGAGGCAGCAGUCUCAUGGACGUUUUCUCUGCUCUGCCGAUUGAAGUCCAACCCUGGGACGAAACACUGAUUACACGCUGGCUCAACUACGAUCGCAUCCCCUGGUGCCCAGUCAACGGGCAAUCUCAAUGGGUGCCCUUCGUCACUAACUCGCCGAUGCUCCUUCACACAAACUUGUAUUCCUGGGGCAUGCAUUGGCACGGCAAACUGACAGGCGUCAACCAAGAAGUCUUUCUCUAUCAGAACUCCCGGAUUCUGGAACAUAAGAUUGCGGCUAUCCAGAUGAUCAAUGCGCACUUGGUGUCUCAAGCUCCUGUCACAGAUGAGACCCUUGCCGCAGUAUCCAUGUUUAUAAAUGUGUCGAUGCAAUUCCUGAAUCGGGACGAGGCUGCAAAGCAUAUGGCUGGUCUUGAAGCCUUGGUUAAACUUCGAGGAGGCCUCGAGGGCCUCACCCGGAUGGGAACGGUGGGAGUCCUCCUGCAACGGAUCAUAACCUGGAACGACCUCUUCUUUGUUGAACUUUUCGGGGGCAAUCUGCGCUUCGCGCUUCUGCCACGUUGGGAUGAGGCGUGGAAAUUUGUAUACGCCCCCAUAGCCGACGACCCAGUGACACACCUUGAACCACUGCAGGCACGCUUUGCAGGAGAUCUGGCAAAAGAAAUCACAACACUUUUGCGCGAGAUCCAAAUUGUGUGCAACGAUGUUCAAGCACGACCUCUGCAGACGCUGUCAACUGCGGAAAGGACACUACGACAUGACAACCUUUUCCGCUUUGAGCGCCGGCUGUGUCUGGCGACACGGAUAACGACCAUUCAGGAGCACGUGUACACGGAUCUCCAGGGCGGCAACGACCCCAUGUGGCGGACAGUGGCCUAUGCUGCGUUGAUGUAUGUCCAUCAUCACAUCCGCGGACAUGCCCUACAUUGGUCCCAGUUCCCUGCGCUGGUCGUGCAACUUCGCAACGAGUUGUCGUUUGUGCAGCCGAGCAGCUGGGAUGCGGUGCCAGCGCUGCACUUGUGGGUUCAUGCGGUGGCUAGCUGGGUGAGUCUGUGUGAGGAAUGGGUUGUAACCCAGCUUGCAGACGCCUGCCGAGCGCGAGGCUGUAAGAGUUGGGAUGACUUCGACGGGACACUGAAACGGUGCGUGCACAUUGGGAGACGGGACGAGCAGAAGUUCAGAAUCGUUUGGGAGGCUGUUGCUAAAUUGGUUUGA